AUGUUCGCGGAACCUUAUACUAAACGGAUUUUUGCCUGCAAUGUUCGACGACCCAGCAUCUCAUCCAUUUUCGUAAGAGCUCUUUAUUCGGCUGGUGUAGGUGUUAGUCAGCCUCGCAAAACGACAAAUUCACCGCCGAUAACCACUCUCGGCGUAGAACUGGCAUCCGCAACUGGGCUGUGUCCGUACUCUACACCGCAGCACACUAGAAGAGACAAAUAA